UAGUUUUUUUGAAAUUUGGUAGUUUAAUUAUAUUAUAACCUAUCAUAAGGAAUUAUUUCAUUCUUAUUGUUAGUUUAAGCUUAGUGCCCAGAACUCAUUAUAAGCUUAUUUUUUUUCUUCUGAAGUAUGAUGCAAGUUAUUGAAAGGCACCGCCUAUGUUCCGAGGACAUUGGGAGGCAAGACAAGCAUCCACCUCAUCUCACGCAGCGGGAGAAUCAUACCCAUGCCAUGCUUGCUGAGGAAAUCAAGGAGAAAACCGCAGAACUGAGGCAUCUCAAAGGUGAAGAGCUAGUAGGACUGAGCAUGGAAGACUUGGUUAAACUCGAAAAGUUGGUUGAAGCAGGGUUAAGUCGUAUUGCCAAAACCAAGGGUGACAAAUUCAUGAAAGAAAUUGGUAUUCUCAAGAAAAAGGAAGCAUUAUUAAAGGAAGAGAAUGCAAAGUUGAGACAAAAAGUAGCAGGCACAUCGGAAGACGAAACACCUCUGCUGGAACAAGGGAUUUCAUCCGAGUCAGUGACCCGCUUAAGCGACCAAGCCGGAAGUUGUCCUCAGGACCUCAACAAUUCGGACACAUUUCUCCAGCUGGGGGAGGAUGAGAUUGCGGUCGCAGAAGAUCGAAUAUAUAAUUUGAGCAUAGCUGGGUCUAUGAUACCCAGAAAUUGUAGUUUAUGUUGCAUUAUUUUAAAAAAAAAAAAUAACAUGCAUGUAUGUCAGGCAUGCAGUUCUCUGAGUACGUAGAGGCCUCCAUGCUCUGAAAUUUUCUUUGACGAACAAAAAUGGCUCUAUUAAACAUUUCCAGAUAGCUGGUAUUUGUGUGUGUGUGUAUAUAUAUUUAUAUAGGUACAGAUGAGGGAUGUAAUUUAUGUUGAAUUGCUUUGCAGCUUAAAUAGUUUUCUGACAGCGUGAUUAAUGAAAGAAAAGUACAUGUUUUUACA